GGAAGCGUCAGCCCUUUGGGUUUCGGGCGGGGGAGAAGUCGGCGUGGGCGUUUGUGCGGAACGACUCCCGCCGCAGGGUCGCCGCCGGCGCGUGUGGGGAGCCCGUCCCAUGGUCCCUCCUCGGGCGAGUGGGGCAGUCGGACGCCGGCAGCAUGAACCUCCUACCCAAAAGCUCGAAGGAGUUCGGCUCCGCUGACUAUUGGGAGAAGUUCUUCCAGCAGCGAGGGAAGAAGGCUUUCGAGUGGUAUGGAGGCUACCUGGAGCUGUGCGGGGUGCUGCACAAGUACAUCAAGCCCCGGGAGAAGCCCAGAAAAAACGGGAAAAGGACAGGAAAAAGCAGCGGGCUGCUAACACUCCCGAGGGCCUCUCAGCAGCCCCAGGGGAGUCCAUUGACAAGAGUUACUGUGCUGUGAACACCACAAAGCAAUGAUUGCCGGCCUUGCCCUGCUGAGAAACCCGGAGCUGCUCUUAGAGACCCCCCUGGCAAUGUUGGUGGUAGGCCUGGGUGGGGGCAGCCUCCCCCUGUUUGUCCACGAUCAUUUCCCGAAGUCCUGCAUUGAUGCUGUGGAGAUCGACCCCUCCAUGUUGGACGUGGCCACCCAGUGGUUUGGCUUCUCCCAGAGCGAGCGGAUGAAGGUCCAUAUUGCAGAUGGCCUGGACUAUAUUACCAGCCUGGCGGGAAGAGAAGCACAGUCCUGCUACAGUGUCAUCAUGUUUGAUGUAGACAGUAAGGACCUAACACUGGGCGUGAGUUGUCCACCACCAGCUUUUGUGGACCAGCCUUUCCUGCAGAAGGUCAAAAGCAUCUUGACUCCGGAAGGGACUGCAGCUGUAACUUUGCUGGCCUUUGAGCAUCUUCGUGAAGAGAACCAUGUGCUCAGCCUCCCAAGAUGGUAGGAUCCCACACCCUAGAAACCAUUAUGAGGUAUCCACUUUUUUUUUUUUUUUUUUUUUUAAGGUAUCCACUUUAAACUUGAAACAUUUGGUUCAUGUUUGGACUGACUGCAUGAUUAGGUUUCCUGCCUCUUUGGUAAUCUGUGCUCUUUGAUGUGUCCUUUUGGAGGAUACCCAGGUCACCUCACCAGACACAGCCCUGACAUAGAGUUUAGAGUUUUCCUGCUUUAUCUUCAAGGGGAAUGUUUACAUUUUUUUGAAAUUAUGGCCUGGGAUAGAGCAAAUGUCAGUAUCUCCAAAUAGCCUUCUUCAUUCUUCAACCUUGCUCACCAGACACUGCCUUGUUUUAGGUCUUUCCCUAUUCUGAGUUUGUGCUAUACUCUGACAGCUGGCCUUGGGCUGCCUGGCUACUCCAGGCCUUUGGAGCUUUGGCCAGAUCUCAACCACCUGAAUGUCAUCAGGGUGAAGCAAUCUCUCACCCAAAAUAUUUUAGCAGUGGAUCUUUAAACUGGUAAUAGUCCCAUUUAUAUUUACUGUCUGAUGGUAUCCCAGGAUCCUCCAGCAAGCAGGGCUCCUGGAUAUCUGUUAUUGGAGGUUACCCAAGCCAUCUUUUCUUGACAAGGAAGUCAGAUUUUAUAUAUUUUUUUCAUGAGAGUCACAGAGAGAGAGGCAGAGACACAGGCAGAGGGAGAAGCAGGCUCCACAUAGGGAGCCUGAUGUGGAACUCGAUCCCGUGACUAUAUUCCUCCAGUUUUACUUUUAGGAGUAUGAUACUCAUUUGUGUAGGUUAAACUGUGUGAUAGGCAGAUGCCAUGUGCCCCUGUUAGCCCAACCUGUGUCCUGUCCUUUCACGGCACUUAGUCUGUCCCAAGUUUCUGGCUUCCCUGACUUAAGCAACUUGUGCAUGCUAAAUACAUAUACCCUGUUUGCUGCCCUAUGGCAGCUGGAACUCUCCAGGCCUAUAGAGCUAGGGCCCAUCUGCAACCACCUGCACUGAAGUGAACCCAUCCACUGAAAAUUAUGUGGAGGCAGUUGCUGAAAAGGGUGGCUGUCAGUCCCUGCAUAGACUGUCUGCUAGAGUCCCUGGCUUCUAUGGCAGUCAGCAUUCUCAGGUGCCUUCUAUUGGAGGAUAUCCCCCCAAUAACCCAUCAGAUUCAGCCCUGACAAGACAGUCCAGAUUACUCUAGCUCUGCCUUUCAAUGGUGGUAUGCACAUUUGUGUAGGUUAGGUUGGAAUUAGGCAGAUACCUCAUAACCCCAAGAGUCCUUUCCUACAACUUGGUCUUUUGGACCCUUACCCUGUUCUAGGUUCCUGGCUACCUCAACCUUUGGUUCUGACACAUGCAUAGCAUGUAUAUUAGGCAGCAGUGACCCUUAAGAGAUGUGGGUCUGGGGCCCAUCCAGAACCAUCUGCAUUACUGCAAGGAAGGGAGCCCACACACUGAAAAUCUCUCUGAGGUAGCUGCUGAAAUGAGUGUAAAGCAGACUCCCUGUGGAGUUGCUUUUUGAGGGAACCCCAGGCUUCUCUAAGGACUUAGACUCCCGGGUGUCUCUUAAUGGAGGAUACCCUGUUCUUCCUGUUCAUGCCUCUCUGUCAUGAGACAGUUGAAAAACUCCAGCUCUGCCAUCAGGGGGGACAUCCCACAAUGUGUAGAUGAGGCUUUGUGAUUAGGCUGAUAUUUGUACCUCAAGGAGCCUGGUCCUGUGACCUGGCCUCUUCAGCACUUGAUCCAUUCCAGGUUUCUGGCUACCCUGACCUGCUUGGCCCAUGGACAUGCUGCCCACACUGUCAGCCUGUCUUGUGGAUCUCUGGUCAAGUCCAACUACUACAUAGCCUUCUGCAUGGAGGAAACUCACCCACACCAAACCCUUCUUCGGGGGCAGCCACAAAUGGGAAACAGGCCCCCAUUUAGACUGGCUGCCUCCUGGGAUCCCAGGUGUCUCUUACUGGAGGAUAUCCUGGCCAGACUGCUUAGGCACUCCAUGGCAGGCCAUUUGAAUAACCUUUAGGUUAUUCCUCAUUGGGCUUGUAGGACUUUCAGUUAGGCAUCAACCUUGUCCUCUAAAAGUUUGCUCCUGUGCUCUGUGUUUCCAGACCCUCAUCCUAUUGCAGAUCCCUGGCUUCCCUGAAUAGCACUGCAUAUGGUUGUGCCCUAUGCACACAUUCAGCACACUUUGGACAGUAGGGCCCUAGAGUCAAAGAGAGCUAGGACCAGACCCAACCAGCUGCAUAGCCUUCAGGAAGGAAGGAGUCCAUCCCCCAGUAAUCACACUGAGGCAACAGAUUGCUGAUAAGUCCCUAUUUGCACUUGAUACCUGAUCAGGCUCUGGCUUCUCUAGCAAGCAGGACUCCCAAAUGUCUCAUACUAGGACAUUCCCAAGUGUCACACCUGCCAGACACCAGCCCAUACUGACAAAAGGAAUGCAGUAUGCUCUAAUUCUGUCUUUAGGGGCAAUAUGUGUAUUUGUAUAGCUUGAGACUUAAAAUUAAGCUCAUUCUUUGUUCUUUACACAUCUACACUUGUGUCAGCCUCUUGCCCCAUGCUACAUUCCAGAAAGCUGACAACAUAUGUAGUCCUCAGCAUAUAUAUACACAGUACAUACCCCUGUAGCAGGCUGUGGGUGGCUAAGGCUGACCUGGGGGACUUGGGGCCCCUGGCCACCUGCAUGCUUCUAGUUUGGAGGGAGCCCACCCCCAGAAAUCACUGAGGCAGCAGCUGCAAAUUGGCAAUAGUCAGUCCCCAUUUGGACUUCCUUCUUGAUCCAGUCCUGGGCUUCUUUUGCAACCAGGGCUUUCAGGUAUCUCUUAUUGGAGGAUACGUGAGCUACCUGCCCAGCCCACUCUGGCAAGAUAGUCCAGUAUCCACCUCUGCCUUCAUGAGGAAUAUGUAUAUUUGUGUAGGCUUGCAGUUAUGCCCAAACCUUACUCCACAAAAGCUUGAUCUCACCUUUCCAGGCUCUUACUCUGGUCAAGAUCCCUGGCAUCCUUAAAUGCUCUGCACCCACAGUACAUACCCCUUCAGCAGGCCUUGGGCAGCUAGAAUUCUCCACACUGGGGAAGCUAGGUCCAGGUCCCAACCAACUGCCUGGCUACCUAAAUGAAGAGAGCCUACAUUCUGAAAAAUCACUCUGAGUUAGCAGCUGCAAACAGGCAGCAUUCAUUCCUCAUUAGACUUGCUGCCUGAUUGGGCUGGGCUUUUCUAGCUUUCAGGGCUGCCAGGUGUCUCUUAAUGGCCCUUUCCUAGCAAGUCAGUUGGGUGACCUUGAGCUCUACUAUCAGAGGAAAUUCCUCAUUGGGUAACUCAGGGCUUGUGAUUACGUAUAUGCUUUGAUCUUCAAGACCUUGCUCUAACCAUAGCCAGACUUCCCCUGGGGUCUCUUAUUGGCGAAUGCACCAGACAACAGUCUGACACAACCUGACAAGGCAGUCUAAUAUACUCCAGUUUGGGGGAAUGUGGACAUUUGGCAGGAAGGGCUAGCUAUUAGGCAAAAGCCUGUCCCCAGAGUCUGUUCUGUGAACCAGCCUGUCCAGGUCCAUGCCCAGUGGCCGCUUCAGAGUAAUUUUAGGGGGCUGGGCUCCCCCCACCCUGAGACUGAUUCACAGGAGCAGGCUCUUGGGGAUACAAGGUUAUCUGCCUAAUUCUAAAACCUAACCUAUACAAAUGUCCAUAUUCCAUUGGAGGAGUCAUGAUGGUUUUGCCAGAUCAAGACUAGAUAAAUGGCCAGGGUAUCCUCCAGUAAGAGACCCCUUGGGAGCCUUGAUUGCUGGAGAAGCCUGGGACUUCACCAGGCAGCCAGUCCAAGUGGGGACUUAUUGUCAGCACUUUAAAGCUGCCACCUCAUAAAGAUUUUUGAGCUGUGGGCCUCCUCCACCUUGAGUUGCCAUCCAGUCUGAGCUCCCCUGGCAGACAAAGACCUGCUAACAGAAGGAGGACUGUGCAUGCACAGAUGGCACAGGUCAGGGGAACCAGGGAUCUGGGAAAGGACAAUGUCAGACAAGGCUGGGUGGCAAGAUGGGGCUCUCAGGGGUACCUGGAAUCUUCCUAAUUCUGUGCCUUAACCUAAGCAAAUGUGCUUAAUUCCCCUGAAGGCAGAGGUAGAGGAAUCAGGACUGCCUGGAUCUGAUUUAGGCACACUGGCCAUUGUAUGCUCCAAGAAGAGACGCCUGGGAACCUUGAUUGUUUAUAGAAACCCGGGACCCGAUCUCACAGCCAGUCCACAUGGAAACUGACUGUAGCUCAUUUCAGCUUCUGCCUCACAGCGAUUUUGGGAGUAGGGUGGGUUUCAUCCACAUUUGAAGGAAUGCAGGUGUUGAGGAUUGCCCCUUGCUCCACAGGCCUUGAGGGCCCGAGAUGCCCAUAGGUGGCUGACUGAUUUCCUACUGUGGAGGUACAGAGUUCAGGGUAGCCAGGUACCUGGAACAGGACAAGUGUACAGAGAGGUCAGGUAACAGUAUAGGCUCCUUAGGGUUCAAGGUGCAUGCUGAAUUGUGGGCCCUACCUUCCCUAUGAGGAAUAUCCUCUAAAGGCAGGCUGGAAGAAUCUGGGCUGCUUUGCCACGGUGGGGAGAGGGCGGCUGGCCAGAGUAUACUCUAAUUAGAGACACCUAGUAGCCUUAAUUAUUGGUGAAGCCUAGAAUCCAAUUCAGCAAGUCCAAAUGGGGACUGACGUCACCAAUUUAAAUCAGUCUCCAUUUUGACUUGCUGCUUGAUUGAGUCUUGGGUUUCUCUUUUUUUUUUUUAUAUUAUAGUCACAGAGAGAGAGAGAGAGAG